AUGUCUUCCUCUUUGCAUGCGGGUUCCUUCCAAACCCUCACGUUUCGCCCUGACAAUACGGUGCUUAUACAAGACCAAAUUUACGGGGAGCACAUCAUCUCCGAGCCGGUUCUAGCCGAGCUGCUUCGGUGCCCAGCUCUACUCCGACUCGCAGGAAUCGGUCUCCAUGGCCAAACCGAUCUGCUGGGUAUCACUCAGACAGUGACUCGGUUAGAGCACUCCAUCGGCGCGUUGCUGUUAGUGCGCAAAGUUGGCGCAAGCGUUGGGGAGCAAGUCGCAGGUCUUCUGCACGACAUCAGCCACACAGUGCUCAGCCAUGACGUCGAUGGGGCCUUGUCAAAGCCCGGGGAGAGCUAUCAUGAGGUCCAAAAGUCGCGGUAUAUCAUGACCACGGAGCUGCCACAAAUACUGACCAAGCAUGGCUUCGUUGAUCUAAAGCCGUUCGAUGAGGAGCUCUACCCUCUGGUGGAGAUGCCCGCUCCUCAUCUCUGUUCUGAUCGUCUCGAUUACUCUCUACGAGGCGCUGUCGCCUUCGGCAAACUUGCGAUAGAGGAUGCGCGCCGCGUGUAUGAUUCAUUCACCGCGUUCCCGGACGCGUCUUCACCACAUCGCUUGCUGGUCCUUCAAGAAAUUGAUUUGGCCUUGGCUUAUGCUAGGGCCUAUGCCGAAUGCGAUAGGGACGUGUGGUGCAACCCGGCUCAUGCCGUCAUGUCCAGGAAGAUAGGUCAGUUGAUUGGUGACCUGGUGCAACGAGGAUUGUUGAAGGAAGAGGUUCUAUGGAGUCUAUCGGAUCGCGAAUUCUGGGAGCUCCUCAAAAGUAAAGUUGACUCGAAAGGAUUGGAGACGAUUGAAGACAUCGAAGCAGGGCCGCAUGCGGAAGAUUCUCUACGUCUACCUCGUGGCACCAAGAUUCGCACAAUCGAUCCCGAUAUGCUCCUCCCCGGUGCCGAGAAGCCUUUCCCACUGUCUUCUGUGAAACCAGAAUGGGCUGAGGAGAGACAAGAGUUCAUUCGGGCUCGCCAGGCUCUGUUUGUGGACUAG